AUGACCUCAGUCUCAAGCGAUCCCUCCUGGUGGCCGUCCAUCGAUUGGAUGAUGAUUUUCAGCUAUUUCGCAGUUUUAUCCUCUAUUGUGGUGAUAUACGAUUGGGCGUUGACAUGCGGACAAGAGUUCGAACUGAUCUGGGUGAGUAAAGUCUUGUAUCGGGAACAGGGUAUACAGUUGAAGUUGAUUGGGGAAGUGGCAACGCUGGUCCCACAUGACUGUUCUUUAUAUUGGUGUGCGCUAUGUUGGGAUACUAUAUUCUGUCUUAACCAUACUGUGGAGUCUCCCAUUCUCGAGCACAGAUAUAGCACUAUCUUUUGGUUCAUGCAGGCAUGGAUAUUUGUCGUUGUCAAUGCUAUGUUAGGUGUCAUCAUGAUGGCUCGGAUACAUGCCAUGUAUCAGGGAUCCCAAAGGAUGCUCAUCUUUCUCGUUAUAGUCUGGCUGGCUUCCACGAUUGCUUCUGGAGUUAUCGCCCUAAUGGCAAACACCAGUGCUUCAGGGGUGGAACUCGUCCUCUCUGGCGACCAUCAGUGUUCUAUCGUCAUUGACACGAACGGGAUGAAUCUAAAUCACGAGAUUUGGAUUCCCACUGUUGUAUGGGAGAUCAUCGCCUUGUUUCUUGCAGUUUGGAUUGUCGCAAAACACUUCUAUGAACUACGACAAUUACCGGCAGGACCAACCUUCGGGGACUGUUACAUCGUGUUAAUCAGGAGUCAUGUAUGGUACUUCGUAGCCUUUGCUGCUGUGUCUUUCUUCAACCUCGGUUUACUAUCCCCAAAGCUCUUGAACACAACUUCCGUAGGAAGUGCUGUCUAUUCCGGCAUCGUCCAAUUUGCCCAAAUGUUGCAGAUGUUUGUGCUGGGACCACGUCUCAUCCUUAGCACUCGAGAAUAUCACGCCAAGAUCAUAGCCAGAUCUGACGGGGGAACUGGCUUAACUACAAUUGCUUUCCAGGAGCUCAGACACGUGCCAACUAGUGGUAGUAUGUAG